AUGUUCAUUUUUUCUUGUAAUGUGGCUUCAUUAAUCUUCAGGUUAAGUCACCUUGGUGUAACAGAUAAUCAGAAAAGGUGGCUUGUGGUGGGAAUAGCACUCAACAAGAUCCUUGUGCCACAGAUCCGUCCUUUUGUGGAACAAGAGGUUGAUAAAGAAUACAACAAUCUCAAGACAAACCACAGUAUUCACACACAAAGUACAUCUGGUCGUCUUCAAAGGUGGCCUGCAAGAAUUUUAAACUAUGAGAACAUCAAUGGUAACAGUCUUCACACAAAGCUUCCUGGUGGAAAAUACAACUUUUCCUUGUUUGAUUGUAGAGUGUUAUCUCACGUUGACUUUGCCAAGUUGUAUGUUAGAAACUACAUGGCCAAGUUCAGUGCCUUUGAUGACAGUUGCGAUGCAUCAGCUGUGCUAACAUUGCUUGGUGGUGUGCCUGUGUUCUUACCUGUCGUUCAAGCUGCAGCUGGUGAUGUCAUGAAUAUCAGAAAUGACUGGGCGCACUGUGUCUUCAGUAAGUGGGAUCCUUUUAAGUUUCAGCAGAGUUUCAUUGAGAUGGAACACCUGGUGAGAGUCAUGGCUCUACCUGCUGCAGAUGAAGCAAAACUCUUUGACGAACUGAAAGAUUGGGAGACUAAGGGUACUAAACUUUACAUAGAUAAAAUUAAUGAAACAUAUUACCAGUAUGUUUUAGUGUAAUUUGUAUUGUCAACCCUACUGAGAUGAAAUUUGCUGUUUAGCAGUCAAGUUACUCAUUAAUCAUUUAUGCCUAUUCAGGAACACAAUUACCUGUAGGCCGGUAUGAACAUGCCCACCUGAAAAAAAAAAUAGUCUUCUCCCACAAAGAAAAGAAGGCUAAUGCUAGCUACCAUAAAAUUCUGAAAAUAAGCCCCUCCAUGUAUAAGCCCCUCCAAAUUAAUAUAAGCCCCCCAAACUGGUAACGCAAAAAACCCUGCAUUAAAUCGCCCCUCCAAAUACAAGCUCCCCGGAAGCUUGUACUUGGAAAAUUGCCAUCAAAUACAAAGUAAAACAAAGUAAAACAGUGAAUUUACUUCCAACUAUAAGGCUAUCUCAAUCUAUUUUGAAACGCAAAUUUCCCUCGUAGAUAAGCCCCUCCAAAUAUAAGCCACUCAAAAAGGGCCUUUGAAAAAUAUAAGCCCAGGGGCUUAUUUUCGAAUUUUACGGUAUUUUCAGCAGAGAUGAUGUCUUACUCUACCAUCUAAAAUUAUGUUCAAAGGUUGCCUGGAAACAAGAGCUGAUAUUUCUCUGUCAAUUAGUAAAUCAGUGGCUCAGUAAAAUACUGCUUCAGUAAUACUUUAGAAAAAGUCAGAAGUUUGGUUGUUCUUUCCAAAUUUGUUGUAAGGAAUGAUCACCCCAAGUUUGAACAGGGUUUUUAUGUGGCCUGGACCCAACAACAAUAUUGAUACUUCUAAGAAACUGGCUGUUGCUAUUUUAAGUUGACAUUAUACUGUUUAGGCACUGAUAACUUGUCUUUACGGCUUUUUGUUAACAGGCACUCUGCUGUGCAUGAACUCCCCGGUAGACCCCGCAUUGCUUCAUCUUGUCCAGCAAGAAGUCAAAUUUCUACAAGAUCAUGUGAACAACCUGUCUGUAGAAUUUGACCAAGAUAAGAUGGAAGUUCAGCAAGAGCUGCAAAACACUGCCGUAAUUCUUAAAGAGAUGAAACAGAUGGUGGAAAGACUGAAAAUUUUUCAAGGUAAUCUUGCUUGACCCCUCCUCACUCAUUUUCAUGAUACUCAUUCCAUUAUUGCAACACAAAAAUAUUUCCUAGUUAAUGGUUUGUAGCGUUUUGUUUACCUGUCAGAUCAUUUAUAAAUUUUAUGCAUUAUGUUUUGUCAUGUAGCAGAUGCAGAUCAGAGGUUUGGACAAGUCAAAGACCAAGUGCACAGUCUUAAAAGUAAUUUCAAGAUAUUUGUAUUUCUACUCCUGUCAUUAAUGAAACCCCUUCCUCAUUAAUACAUGGCGCUGAUGUUGUGGAAUUACAUGUUGGUUUUGGCAACAAAUUUCCAGCUUUCUUAUGAAGACACGUGUGGUACUGUUGUGUUAGAGAUCAUAAAGGGCCGCGCCUUUAUGAAUGAGAGCUUCGACAUUCAAAUUGUAUGUUAAAAGCGCAAGGCUUGAUUUCUACAAAUAGUCUUUUUUUAUUAGAAUAGUUUCAAAAUGGAACGAUUUACCACGAGACAUAGCAGAGGCUAAAAGCCUUCAUCAUUUACAUAAGCUUCAUCGUUAUCUAUUUAAUAAAUGUGAAACUAGAACCAUGCCUUAAUUAAGGCCUUGAUUUUUGAAUAGUUGUAUUGUAUUUGAUUUUUUUUUUAGCAUUUUCUAUUUCUGUUUGGGAGUUUUAAUAUAGGGCUAACCUCUCAACUCCCUUUUCAAGAUGUCUUUUAAUAUUAUGUUUUUCCUGUAAAUAAGCUUGUUUGAAUCUUGACUAACGUCAGUAUGUUAUGUUAUGUUAAAUUGUAUUCAUUUUUGUGCAUUUUAGAGGAUGCAGAUCAAAGGUUUGGAAGUCUAGAGACUCGCACCAGACAAGUUGAAGACCAUGUGCACAGUCUUAAAGGUAAUUUCGAGAUAAGGCAUUAAUCGCCCUGUUCGCUCUCUUUCCUCCGAAAGAUCAUUGUCUAGCAGUCUGCCAUGUUUCCCUGCCUAAUUGAGGUUUUGCCGACAAAUCUCCAGCUUUCUUAUCAAGAAGACGCGUUUCAUACUGUUGUGUGAAAGAUCGGGAAGAGCCGCGUCUUUUUGAAUGAGCGCUUCGACCUUUUCACAUUGUAAUUGCAUUAGGGUAGACAUAAGUCUUAAAAUUGCCUCCAGCUGCCCACAUCGACUCAUAAUUUGUAUCGCUGAAGAAUAAGAUUACUACCCACCCAACGACUGAUAUGUGAAGGAAUAUUGGUCUCUCUUUUCCGUCCAUUCACGAUAAGCAAUCAGGAGUCAUCAGAACUUGCACAUUGACAUUUUUCUCUUUACUUUUUGUGUUGAGACUUUGAUCGUUGUUGUGCAUAGGAAAGUUAUGAGAUGAAAAACAACACUUAUAAAUUCUUAGACGUUUCUCCUGUUCUUCUAUGUCUCAUGCACAGAAACGAUUCAUGACUGGUCACAAAACAUAACUGCUACGUCAAGUGCUUCUCUUCAAGACCUGUUGGUGCCAUCUGGUAGGCUUGUUGCAGUAAUAACUGAUUUAGGAAAGAAUUUUGGUAAUUAAAUUUUCCAAUGAUAAUUAAUUGAACACAAAAUCAGAACACUCGAGAUAUAGUUAUCAGAGAAAGUUAUAUCAGGCAGGUUAACAUAUAUCUAAAAUGCUUCAAAACUAUAUUCAAGAUUUGUCGUUAUUUUAUUGGGCGUCAACAUUCUGUUAGGCUUUAAGUUGUCGUAGUGUGAAUGCCUGCAAUCUUCCGUGUAUCGACCGGAACAAAUUAAAACACUAGCUUUAAACAAGGGAGAAGUUGACAUCGCGUCACCUUUUGUCGACUGUUAUGCUCACUUUUAACGGGUGCAUACGUUUUUUUUUCAUUUUUUUGAAAUUUCUGUUUUUGUUGUUUUUUUGUUUCGCCCGCAGUUGUUCCAGAGAAGCUUGUCGAACUUAUCAGACGAGACUACAAAGGCGCGGUGCUGUGUCCCUUUCCAUGGUGUGAAGAUGAACUACAACUGAAGCUAUCGAACAUCUUUACAAGAUUGCAGAUAGUUAGUAGAACAAAAGAACGUUCAAAACUUACGCAUUCCACCGUCAAUAUGACAGACGUGUUCAAGCCGCACCCAGAGUGUUACAAUCCAAGAGUGGUGAUGAUCGAGGGGAAUCCUGGGAUGGGCAAAACUACGUAUUGUCAAAAGCUGGCAUAUGAUUGGUCCGUGGGGGAGAUUCCACCUGACGCUUCGUUUCCUGAAGUGAAGAUAUUGCUCCUAUUGAAGUGCCGUGACAUGCACAUGAAGACCGCUAACAUCGAGGAAGCUAUUGCUGAUCAGCUUCUACCACAUGAUGCAAGCAAGAAGGAAAAGGAAGGCUUCUUUCACUUUAUUCGCUCAAAUCAGUCGAAAAUAUUACUGGUUCUCGAUGGUUUUGACGAACUGCGCGAGGAUCUGGUGCAGGGUUUUCUGCCUUUAAUUCAAGGCAAAGUCUUUGCUAAUGUGUACCUCAUGUUAACAGCUCGACAUGAAGCUGGAAUGAAAGUGAGACGAUAUUGUGACACGCUUCUUGAAAUUGUUGGCUACACCCAAGAUGACGUUGAAAGUUACAUAAAGAAGUAUUUCAGCAGCCACGAGAAUAAAAACCUUGCAGAUAAAGUGAUAGAACAGCUAUGCCGAGACAAAAAGCUUCGAGAAUUAACGGUUAAUCCCCUUAAUACUGCUUUGCUUUGUCUUCUCUGUGAAGAAACAGGAGGAGUGUUUCCUUCCAAAAAGAAAAAGUUGUACGAUGGCCUUGUAUCUUGCGCUCUAAGAACACAUUUUGCAAAAAAUUGUAUUUUCUUGGGUGACGAAGAUCCCAUUGAACGAUGUACGAAUGAGCUGAAUCUUUUGGGGAAAAUGGCAUUUGAGGCUCUGCUAAAAAAUCAGUUGCAUUUUAAUGAAGACGAAAUGAAAUCCCAAACCAAUGCGAAUUUCUUACAGUUGCCGUUUCUGUCCCGUGAGCCAAGUGUGAGCAAAAUCAAACCAACGCCAUGCUUCGCGUUUACUCACAAAACAUUUCAAGAAUACUUGGCGGCGUUUUAUUUGGCCCAUCAGCUGUUAUCAGGUGACAAAGAGAAUGAGAGACUGUUGGAUGAACUCAGUCCUAUUGACAAUUGGCAGGUGUGGGAAUUUCUCAUCUCACUGGUGUCAACCGAGAGUGGUGAAGUAGCGGUAAAUGUUGUGUCUCGGCUUUGUGAUUUCCUCCGGAGCAAGAAACUUCAAGGUGUGAUCGAUGCUGAUGUGGAUUUGGAUGUUGAAGUAUUUGAAGAGAAACCGCACGACUGGGCUAAAUAUUUAACAGAAUGGAGCAAGGAUGAAAUACUGCUAUGCCAUGUCGUGAAUAAAACACUUGGUGUCAUUGCUGAGUGUGAAGAAGAUGAUAACGAACUAAAGGAUUACCAGAAGGAAAUGGUAAAUGUACUGUCGCACUGCCUUCCUUUAAAGAAAUUCGAACUUACACCAAGUACUGGUGCCUGCCGUGUGCACCGCCAGUUUCUAAACUCAAACGAUACGUUGACAGAUCUACUGCUGAACAGUGCGUUAGAUCCGUUACUGUUAGCAACAAUUAAACAUGGUUCACAUUCCAAGAACAACUUGGUUCAUUUCAAUUUAAGCAACGAAAUGUAUAGCUAUUCUACGGUAUCUUCACAGCGUGCGUCGUUUCAUUCCUUCUCAAAUCUUCAUCAAUCGUUUAAAGAGCUUCUCUUAGAGGCUGUCCAACCAAAUAGUUUCCUCACGCAUUUUAACCUUGACAGCAUCUGGAUCUCUAUCAGUGGAGCCCGAGCAAUUGCAGAGUUUCUUCAAACAAAUCGUUCUUUGACUCAUCUUAAUCUGCGCAAUGCCAUGAUCCGUGACGAAGGAGCCACAGCACUCGGGAACGCUCUUCAGUCGAACUGCACGUUGACGCAUUUGAGUCUUCCGGAAAAUUGGAUCGGUGUUGUGGGAACUGAAGAAUUAGCGACGAGUCUCCAGUCGAAUUCUGCGUUAAUAUAUUUAGACCUGAGUUACAAUGUUGGCAGCGACGCAGUCGCCUCGGCGUUGUCCGAAGCUGUGGAAUCCAACUGCGCACUCCAGUACUUGGAUAUAAGCCAAAGAGUGGGCAGCUCUAGAAUGAUUGGCCCCGAGGGAGGAUCAGCCCUUGCAAGAGCUCUGCUAUUUAAUUGUAGACUGACUUAUUUAAAUCUAUACCAUAAUGAUAUUGGUGACACAGGAGCGGCAUCUCUUGGGGAGGCUCUUCAAACAAACAGCACUUUGACGGAAUUAAACCUUGGGGAUAACCAGAUCGAAGAUAGGGGAGCAGUAGCUCUUGGGAAGGCACUGCUUUCAAAUCGCUCUUUGACCCAUUUAAGACUAGAUUGUAACGUCGAUAUCGGCUAUUUGGGUGUGGCAGCCAUUGCAAAGGCACUUCAAUCAAAUGAUAGUCGAUUAACCCAGUUAGAUCUGGGUUUUAACUUCAUCAGCUCCCAAGGUGCAACCGCUAUUGCAUCGGCUCUCCACACAAACAAUUCCCUUACACAUUUAGGUCUGUGGGAUAAUGGCAUCACGUCUUCUGGUGCUGCCGCAAUUGCUAAGGCACUACAAUCAAACCGUACAUUAACUCAUGUGGAUCUGAGAGAAAAUGGUAUUAGUGAUUCAGGGGCGACAGAAUUAGCACGCGUUAUUGAGAAUCAUAACAACACUUUGGUCUAUUUAGACCUUAGGGCUAACUAUUCAAUAGGUUCAGCAGGAAGAGAACGCCUUGAACAUGUUGAUCAGACGAAGUGUAUCGUGAAGUACAAGGGUUGGCCGUAGAUUAUUAAUCUCCAGGGAAAUUUGCGAAAUUGUUCAUACUUCGGUUCUUUAACAGAGUCAGAUUUAUACGUAUUGAUAUGUUUAUACCAUUGUAGAAGACACCGAUCUUAUUAACUGAACUAGCCUGUCAGUUAUGGCGUGACAAAACACAACUUAUAGAGCGGGCGCAGAAUGAAUGCACAUAUGAACUAGCGCUUUGAAGGAUAACUAUGAUGUUCUAACAAUAUUACAAUGUUGUACCUGGCUUUCGUAAGUAAUUAAAAUUGUUAAGUGAAUUACAUAAAGAAAUAACAGCAACAACUAAUUUACCCAGAGUAAAAGAAUCAUCAGGCAAACCAAUGCAAAAUAGCUCGAUCAACAGGUAUGGCAACCCAAAUGGAACUCGAGGUUAUUUUGGCGGGAAAUCGCAUAGCCACCAGCGUCUUGUAAAGUAGAGACAGCUUAAGAGUCAAUAAAGAC